UGUUUAUUUUACCCUCUCAACUCCCAAACACCCACCCCCCCCCUUCCGUUCCCAAUUCCUCCACUUCCACGACCACCUUCUUUUCCAGCUCAAGAGGCGAAAAACGAGAAUGAUACAUAAACAUUCUGCAUGAAAUUUUCAAUAUGGAUCAGUAGCAGAAUUAAGCACAAAUCAUGACCAAUAUACCAACCUCUCUUUCAGAAGUUUGUCUCACUAUUUUUCGCUUAGCCAUGUCCAUAGCUGACCCUUGGCCAUUUUCCUAAAACUUCAACAUUAAAAGUUCCUGUUCAAAGGCGCAGGUUUUAUUAACUCCAUUUUCUUUUAAAAAAACAUGCGUAAGAUCCGAGGUUUCUCGCUCAAACACCGGGUCACCACACUUUUUCGGCGGAUUUUCCGGCGGCGGUGCAGGACAUCUGGUUACUGUCUUCUGGACCCGCCUGAAACCUGUCGUACUAAACGCAUUUCAACGCUUAUAAACUGGACCCGCAACCUCGAGACAAAAAUCAAGGCUAUACUUUCCAAUAAUCGUGGUCUGGGUUCUACCCGGGGAUACCUUCGGGUUGGGCAAGAACCGAUUCAAGGAAAGCCCGUGCCCGUUCCAAAAGGGCAUAUGGCCGUGUAUGUGGGUCAGAACGAUGGAGACUUUCAGAGGAUUUUGGUGCCCGUGGUGUAUUUUAACCACCCUUUGUUUGGAGAAUUAUUGAGGGAGGCUGAAGAAGAAUACGGGUUUAAUCAGCCGGGUGGGAUUACCAUACCAUGUCGGGUCUCGGAGUUUGAGCGUGUUCAGACCAGGAUUAAGGCGGCUCAACGGCAACCGAUAACAUCCAUCAGAUCCUCCCGGCGUUUGAUGGGCUAAUGGAUUCUUAUUCCAAUGCCUAUUAUGAACUGAUGAUGACGAUAUCGUUUCAGAAUUUUCUUUUUUAUUUAAAAUUUGUUUCUCGAUUUUCUAUUUUUUGGUACUGUUCAAUGUUUAUGGGGAAAUAUAAAUAUUUGAAAUUUCAA